CCUCUGAUUUCUAGUCGAGAGCAAGUGACAGUAAUCAUGGCACCGUGGUGUUGGGCUCGUUUUCUCACGGCGUAGCGACAAUUUAUCGGUGUCUUCCAUGGAUGUACGUGUGUGAUCGAACAUGGUGGGAUCAUAAGCAUCAGCAGCCUCUCAACCCAAGGAUAUAAGGUGGAAAAACACAGGAAACCACGCCAUGGACGUGGUCGGGGAGGACCAAGCGCUGCAGGCGGUCUUGGGCCGGGCCGACUUCGGUGGCAUCGAUAAUGAGGCAUUAGACUUCAGUCAACUAGAGGACUACAUCAAUAAUGACAGCAAUGUCUACUUUCACGACGACCUAGUGAGUUCAGUGGGCUCCGAGUCUCCAACACUGCUCAAGCGUCUUCAGCCUCAGCAACAGACAGCCAGCACCAACAAUGUCCACCAGUCCGCAGCUCCACAGGUGGUAUGCAGCAGCAAUGGGACCAUAGAAGACGCCCUUCCCAGUGUUGCAACUCUCCUGCGUUCCUCGUUCAGCAGCCUGCCCAAGCCUUCUCUUAAUGGAACAACAUCAUUAACAACACACCACCAGCUACCAGAAAGCCCUCCAGAUUCAGGAUCAGAGCCACCUUUUUCACCGACAAUCGACGAACCAAAGCUGACGGGCGGAGUAACGAGACAGAAGGAAGCUAUCAUGCAGCAAUCCCCCGGUGAACCUGUGACCCAUUUUGGUGGUUACAUCAACCAUGCUGUUGCUCCAGUGCAUUCUCAUACAAACCAAACACCAGCAGCUAUGACUACGCACAUGUUGCCCGGGAAUUCCCCAGAGAGACAACAACUGUUGGGCACACUGCCCAGCAUGCUCAACAUUCCUGCACAGGGCUCUCAAGCCACCAUGACACCUCUUUACAAUCAGUUAUACCUUCCCGGUCCCCAUCUACAGGACCUCGAAGAGCUGAGCCAAGACGAUUUCAUGUGCGACGAGCUGGGCAGCCCGGGAACCAGUUCGUCGAGGAAGAGGAGAAAAGUUGGUGAUUCACAGCAGGGGUGUCCCACCAGCAUGGCCAAUGGACAAGUUCAAGUCAAACAGGAACCGGCAGCUUCACUAGACAGUUCCUCAAGCGUCUACGCUCAAGGGGAGGAUGACUCCAACUACGAUCUUAGUGGUGAUGGAACGUUCCUCGACUCCAGCCUCCAGUGCAUCCGGUUUCAACCAUUCCAACCCAAUGCAUGGCAUGCACUACAUGAUAGGGCACUCAACUUACUUCCUCCAGCCAUAUUUCGUGUGGAUGCAGACAAGGGCUUCAACUUCAGCAAUGCAGAUGAAGCUUUUGUCUGUCAAAAGAAGAACCAUUUUCAAGUGACAGUGCACAUACAGGCCAUUGGAGACCCCGCCUUUGUCAAGACGGCGGAUACUCUCAAACCGAUCGAUGCCUUUUACCUCCACUUUUACGGCGUUAAGGUUGAAUCCCCCUCCCAAACCAUCAAAGUGGAACAGUCACAGUCAGAUCGAAGCAAAAGGCCAUUUUACCCACUCCUGGUGGAGCUCAGCGGAGACCAGGUGGUGAAACGCACAAUAGGACGUCUACACUUUAGUGAAACAACCUCCAACAACAUGCGCAAAAAGGGGAAGCCCAAUCCUGAUCAGAGAUACUUCUACUUAGUAGUCAGUCUAAGCGCACACUGUGGAGACCAGACGUACCAUAUUGCUUCUCAGGCCUCGGAACGCAUCAUUGUCCGUGCCUCCAAUCCCGGUCAGUUUGAGAACGACAUGGAGCUCUCUUGGCAGAAAGGGCAGACACCAGAGUCGAUAUUUCACUCGGGUCGAGUGGGUAUCAACACGGAAAAACCGGACGAGUCGCUGGUUGUGCACGGAAAUGUGAAACUGACGGGACACAUUGUCCAGCCAUCAGAUCAAAGGGCAAAGACAGAUGUUGUUGAGCUGGACACAAAAGAGCAGCUCAAGAAUGUUGCGAACAUGCGCAUUGUUCGGUACCGCUACAUUCCGGAGUUUGCCGAGCAAGUGGGAAUGUCUGAAACCACGGACACAGGAAUCCUUGCUCAGGAAGUACAAGAAAUCCUUCCAGAUGCAGUGAGGCCAGGUGGCGACGUGGUUCUUUCGAACGGUCACAGCAUCGAGAGCUUCCUCGUGGUCAACAAGGAACGCAUCUUCAUGGAGAACGUAGGUGCUGUCAAAGAGCUAUGCAAAGUAACCGACAAUUUGGAGACUCGCAUCGACGAGCUGGAACGUAUCAAUAAGAAGCUAACCAAGCUGAAGCGGGUCGACAGUGUCAAGUCUAGUGGAAGCAGUAGCACGGCCUUCAGGUACGUCAUCCAGAGGAAAAUGAUCGAAGGAGCGGAGAUAACCCUGUUCCUGUCCAACAGUCGAAGCAGUUCCUUCCCGUCGAGAAGAAAACCUAUGCUGCACGGCAAACGGUCCGACAAGCCCUUCUGCAGCAAUAAAUUUGUGCAGGGGACAAUCAUUAUUCUUGUCCUGGUUAUGGCCUUCUGUCUCGUUGCUAUGGCGACAUUGUACAUUUUGGAGUGGCAGAGGAGAGCGACACCAGACGCUGGACACUCAGUGCAUAUAGCAAAUAUCUCCGGCUACCAUGUGGGGAAUCGAAAUGGAAUCAUCAACACAACACGGCAGAAAGACGGGGUUCCUACAGAGUCGUCAAAGACGCAUGGGAAUGGAGAUCAAAAGUCAUCGAGUAUUACGUCAAAGUGGUCAGAGCAGCAUUCGUCACCGUCGCAUUGGACAUCCACUCACAGUUCGAUAGCAGUCCCGAGGGUGUCUACAAAAGCUACUCAACCACCGGCAACAUUCCCAUCGACUAUUGUGCCGAUACUCAAGCCAAAGGUGGUAGGUACCCCUCCAGAGUGUCUGGACGGUGUCCUUGCACCAUGCAGCACCCACUGCUGCCCUCCCGCUGCUGAACCUCACACGGAAAACAAUCAGAGGGUUGGGCCUCCACCCAUCGCAACGGGCACACACGAACAGCCUACCGUCAUCGAGCUCGAUGGUACCGGAGUGUCAGGUAACGCAAUGAACACAGAUCAUUCUGUCUCCAAUGCGUCUUCCUUCCUGGCUGUAGACCACUUGGGAGGAACGGGAAGUGGCACCGUGGUGGACGUUCAGGACAACAGUGCUCAGUGGAACAAGGGCGCAAUUACUACGGAGUCACGCCUCCCUUUGGAACAGAGCACCCAUUCCUCAACUUCUGUCGGUGCCGGUCCAGAGGGAAAGAUACAACUCACCCAACGCAAUGCUGUAGAUCCAGCACGUACUGACACAAGGCGGCAGUCCAAGAUGUAUAGUGCCAAAGGUGACAAUCAUCCAGUCGUCGUGGGCCUCAAGUUGCUCGAACUGAAUACAACAUUAGGUCAAGAAUAUUGCAACACCCUGCAGUGUGUACGCAGCACGGGGCCAUCGUUCAGCUAUUUGGUCCCUCUAUCACGAUACAUGCGGCGCCAGUAUGUAACGUUACAGUUCAGGCUGACAGCUCCACACAAAAUGGUGAGCUGUGCUCCACUAGAAAAACACAUGUCAUGCGCUGUGCCUCUACCCGGUCUUGGUGUUUUGCCACAUGCCUACUCGCAUGAGCAUCAACCAACAGAGGAGUCCAGCCCUUCAUGGAGGGUUCCAAUCGGACUCUUCCUCCAGAGCACGUACAGCUUCAGAAUACUCAAGCAGGGGGCAGCAUCCGAUGCGCCUUGUGAUCUACCUGCAUCCAGGGCUGGAGAAAGCUUCUGGGAAUAUGUCGUCACAUUUCAUAGGCACUGUGAAAAGUGAUAGGGAAAACAGUGUCACUGUCAUCACUGCGUGGCACUACACAGUGCAAUCAUGGAAUGCUCGAGUGACAUGGAUUGUGCGAACGUUCUCUUGGGUUAUCAUGAACGGUACAGUUUUACCCCAAGAGGUCAGCGCCAGUGUCCGCAGUGCAUGAGGACGUCGAACAAGAAAUUAUGUACAUAGUCGAAUGGGAAGCCAGCAAGUCCGUCCAUCCGUAUAGUACUUGUUAUUGAGGUGAUGUAAUUACUUUCCUAAAGGGACACAGAUAGUAUAGUAUUUAUUCAUUCUGCGAAUGCCCACCAUGAAGAAUUUAUGGCACGCACAAUGGGGAGGCGUGGAUUGAUUGAUCUCCGUGAUUUUUUUACUCAGUCGGUAGUACAGUUUUUGUUGCUAUCAGCGCUAUGUUGCACAAUGCACAAAGUGAGGUGUGCCAUCUUCCGUUUUUCAGUCCCUUUCUUUACAUUCAAUCUGUCGUGCUGCAGCGUGCAAGACUGUGCGGCGAAACAGAAGGCCCGCAAUAAAUGUAUUGUAAAUAGUAUACAUCUCUCAUAAUGUCACGUGAAAAGCAUAUCAGGGGGCCUUGUCAAACCUUCUGGUUUUAUUAAAUGUAUAGGUAUGUAUGUACGUUCAUUGUGAAACUAGUAUAUGUGAAGAGCAUAUUGUGCAUAAAGAAAUUCUGACGAAUGUUGUCAGUUCACUCUGCUGCAAAAGGAACGUGCACAUUCUACCAACAACGUGUCAUUUACAGGGUUUAUUUUCACAAUAAUACUGUACAUCUUACGAUUCAAGCUAUUCAACAAAUGAGCACAAUUAAAAACAUUGUGAACAAUCACA